ACUUCUUUGCAGUCCGCGUAGUGUGCGAUUGGCCGCGCGAGAGUCAACAGCGAGCGCCGCGAAUCUCGAAAGAACACACGGUGAAGAGGAAGAAGAAUAAGAAGGGCAUCUGAUCAGAGUGACCCGAACUGGUCUCCGAAAUGGAUUAAAACUUCUGCCAGUGCGAUCGCCUCACAUCUCGGCCGCGGACUAGAUGCGCGUUUGGCGGACUGCGAAGUGGCCAGGCAGCCACUUACUCAUACAAGAGUAAUAUGAACUCGAACACAAUGAGAGGACCAGAGGCGAGCGAGAGGUGAAUUACCUCUUCUCCGCGAACAUAUCCAUCUCACUGCACAUCCGCCAACUGUCUCACGCCAACACGCCAAAACAACUCGCACAGCAUGCUGUGUCGCGUGCGAAUGUUCUACUCGCUGAUGCUUGGGCUGACCGGCUUCUCGCUGAUGCUGUGCUCCUUUUUCUACGCGUCUCCUGCCUCAGUAAAUUUUGAGGUGAUAGGACCCAACCAAACGCUUCCAGAGGUGCUACCCAGCUCCCUUCAACAAAUACAGAGCCAACCGUCCGCAGAAACAGAGGCCAUCAGCCAGAGUGCAAGGAAGGAGGAACCGUCCGAGCUGGUCCCGGACGCCAAGCUCAAUCAGCUAGAGUCCAUCUCCAUUCCUGAAUCGGCCAUUCCUGAAUCUCCAGAUGAGGCAAAGACUGCGCCAAUACAGCAGCCACAGGAAGAGGUAGCGCCACCUGUGGUAAUUGUGGCCGCCACUAAUAUCACCAGUAAAGCCACAACAGAGGAGCUUGAAGCCAAAAGUGAACCUGUGGCAGUCGCAGGAGCAGCUUCGCCAGAGUCGGCGCCAUCAGCAGCCACUGUGGCAGCCAUCAAACCUGCCAAGGAAUCUGUCAUCCAGAAAAUUGCUCCCCUAGCAGCUGUCGCAGCUCCCUCAGGACUGUCUGGAGUGCCCAGCAGUGUGGUGGCCACAAAGGACUUGUAUGAAUCAGGUCAUGACAUUCCCAAUGCAGAGUUGUGCCCAGAGUUCGGCGCUGGCCUUAAACUGCUCAUCCUCAUCACGUCUGCGCCCACACAUGCCGACGCCCGCAAAGCCAUCAGGCUGACCUGGGGAACUUAUGGUCAUCGAAAGGACAUGGCGGUCGGGUUCCUAGUGGGCGGCGUGUCAGACGAAAAGGUGCGCAGCGCCCUGUACUCCGAGUCGGAGCUCUACGGCGACAUCAUCCAGUCGCACUUCUUUGACUCUUACGACAACCUGACCCUGAAGACAGUCUCGGCCCUUGAGUGGAUCGACACCUACUGCUACCAGGCCAGGUUCAUCCUCAAGACUGACGACGACAUGUUCAUCAACGUGCCAAGACUGCUUCAGUUUGUGGACAAGCACGCCAAUGAUAAGCGCAGCAUUUAUGGCCGCUUGGCCAAAAAAUGGAAGCCGAUCAGGAACAAAAAGAGCAAGUAUUACGUGUCCAAGGAGCAGUACAAGCAGGUGCUCUUCCCAGACUUCACCACUGGUCCUGCCUACCUGAUGACCAGCGACGUGGUGCACGACCUGUACAUGGGUGCGCUGAACCUGACCUACCUGAAGCUGGAGGACGUGUACACAACAGGCAUUGUGGCGCAGCAGCUCAAAAUCAAGCGGCUGCAUGCGUCCGAGUUCCUCAACAAAAGGAUUACCUGGCACGCCUGUCACGUGAUCAAGGGCAUCAGUUUCCACAUGGUCAAGUUCCAUGAGCAGUUUGACCUUUGGAAGAAGCUGCAGGACGGCAAGACCAAGUGCAAGUGAUGAGCCCCUCAUGUGAUAUUACACUUCCACUCUUUCACGUAGUCCCUUCGAUCAACGCUCAUGUAUUUCUCGCCGACAGAGUUAGGCUGGUGUUUUUUUUCUGAUGACAUACAAAGUAAUGAUUUUUUUUGUUUAAACUCGCUCUGAAAAUUCUCAUUAAAAAUUAGGUGAGCAUGAAUGGUACUUGACGUGCACUAGGUGUAGAAUUUUUAGAGGCAGCUCCGAUUUUAAUAUAUAAUAUGAGGCCUCUGUUUUAACAAGUUUUGCAAUAGACGGACCAAUCUCUUUUUAAAUUUUAUUUUUCCAGGAAAGGGGAACAAUUGUAUAAUUUUUUAACUCUCACUGGGACAGUCAAUGUGGCCUUGCAGAAUCCUUAAAGAUGCAAAGACUUGAUAUUCAAUGACAAAUAUGAACACCAAGGGUUUGUUUGAGGGUUACAUUUGUGAUGCCACAUUAGAAACAUUUUAACUUGUCACAUUUUAACAAACUUCGACAUCACAAAAUAGGGUACUUGCUAUCCUGUAUUUAACUUAUUCUCAUUAAAUAAUUCAAAUGACUAUAUUAUUGAGGUACUUUUUACAUCUCCACUCAAUUUUGAGUUGAAACAUGCAAGUAGCAGAGCAGCUGGUGCUGUCGUCCCAUUUUCCAUUGUGAAAAUUGCGUUUUUAUUUUUAAAUAUAUUAAUAUGUAAAAUUGAUCACUUAUUUGAAAGGUGUCUGGAUGCUAAAGAAAAAAUGAUUUUACUUUGAGAGGUAUAAUAAAAAUAAUGCUACGCAACUACUUUCUUUCGAAACUUUAAUAUUUUUAUACACAUAUGCGAAGUGAACAAUAAAAUCUGUAUUGUGAUUACUUGUUAAACGCGUACAUUAUAUACAUUUAGUACAUGCUGUGGUAUAUGUGAAACGUAUUGUGGCGUAUAAGGAUAUGUAAUUUAUUUUUGUACUUUUGCUCACAACUUUUGUACUGUUUCAAUGAAAAAGUGGCAUAUUAAAAUGUAAUUUUAUGGUUAUAAUUUUUACUAUGUAAGGAACAAUAAUAAUGUGCUCUCUCUAUCACGCGCAAUAAAGACAGAGGUUUUUUUGAAGAAGUGAA